AUGGAACUUUUGGACUUGUGUCCUCAGUGUAACUAUUUCCAAUUAGAGGGUAAAUUAUACCGUCAAGAUGAGGGUAUGGCUAUGGGGUCACCAUUGUCACCUAUCUUUGCCAACAUCUUUAUGGAGGAGUUGGAGCAAAAAGCUUUGGCUUCAGCUCGUCUCAAACCGAAGAUAUGGUGGAAAUAUGUCGAUGACACUUUCGUGGUUUUCCCUCAUGGAGAUGAUAAAUUGAAUGAGUUUUUAGAGCACCUUAAUAGCGUUUCAUCUUCCAUAAAACUAACCAUGGAGGUGGAAUCGCAAAACAAACUCCCCUUUUUGGAUGUGUGGGUGGAAAAGCAUUUGAACAGUCUUAGAACAUCUGUUUAUAGAAAGAAGACACACACAGGGCAGUAUUUAAACUUUCAAUCAAACCACCAAAUUUCUGUCAAGGAGGGGGUUGCUUACUCUCUGUUUGACAGGGCUAAGAGCAUUUGCUCCAAUCAGGAUGAGUUAAAGGAUGAAAUAAAGAAAGUAGAACAGGAUUUGGCUAGUAACGGAUACCCUCGAUCCAUUAUAAACGAAUGCAAGAAAGAUAGGGCUACGCGUGAACCUUUACAAAAUCGCAAGGAAAAGCUCGUCCACAUGUCAAUCCCUUUUAUUAGGUUUUGA